GGGGAAGCUUCGAACCACCCGCAUGUUUGUCAUGUUUGCACAACGCCCCGGCCAACUUAGUUAACUUCAACCUUAUCAACUUCGAAAUGUUUUUUGUUCUCAAGACUACUUCCAUUCGAUUGAAUCGCAACGGUAGCGGCAUGUCGCUGUACCAGCGGGCAAAAAAAAAUUCCAGCCAGAGGGAAGGCCAUGGGCAUCUUUCCCGCUUCUCAGCAAACGAGUCUGUGGUAGAGAAAGCGACGGAUACAGCCACCGAGAUAGCAUCCAAGAUACGACGGACGGUCCAUUGGGAUGAAUUGGAAAGUUGGCAACGAGAUAACCAUCUCAUCCACACGGGAUACCGGCCGGCAUCCGGUUCUUUUACCGUGUCCUUUCGUUCACUGGGAUAUGUGCAUAACGAAACUGUGAAUAUCUACACCCACCUGCUACCAGCCUUAUCAGCAAUACCACUCGCCUUCUACCUCUACAAAGCCAUUUCCACCAGAUAUGAUAGCGCUACGCAUGGCGACGUGCUCGCGUUCGGCUGCUUCUUCGCCGGGGCCGCUUUCUGCCUUGGUAUGAGCUCCAUCUACCACACGAUAUCCAAUCAUUCUCCCGCGGUGGCGCGCAUCGGGAACGCGAUGGACUACAUUGGCAUCGUUGCCUUGAUCACAGGCAGCUUUAUCCCAAGCGUGUAUUAUGGCUUCUACUGCGUGCCCAAAUUCAUGAAAAUGUACUGGACCAUGAUAUUGCUGAUCGGGGCCGGGUGCACUAUCGUCUCGAUCACGCCACGCUUCAGAACCCCUGCCUGGCGGCCGUUUCGUGCUGGCAUGUUCAUUUCCAUGGGGCUCUCCGCGGUCUUCCCUGUGCUACAUGGUGUAUCGAUAUUUGGGGUAGAGCUGAUGUUGAAGCAAAUAGGGCUAUUCUGGCUCGUCCUGCAGGGCGCUUUGUAUAUAAUUGGAGCCAUUAUAUAUGCUGCGCGAGUUCCCGAACUAUGGUAUCCUGGCGGGUUCGAUAUCCUAGGAAGCUCGCAUCAGAUAUUUCACAUGUUUGUUGUGAUGGCGGCAGUCGCACACUUGACUGGUCUUCUGCAGGCGUUUGACUAUCGGCAUAGCGGUUUGGCUUUACCGUGUCUGUAAUUUAUAGAAACUCAACUCAUAAUGUACAAUGUAUUUUUAAAUAUUAGACGAUAUCAAGUUUCUUUCUCUGCAAUUAUGGGUUGUAUCUGAAAUUUAGAGUCGAAUAGCCGGAUUUUUUACUAUUAAAGUUUCAACUAGCAAACUCACGGAAGAUUUAAGUAGGUAACUAGCUCUCGUCGUGAUUGACACCACAUUCUAAU